AAGAAGCAGCGGCCAAAUCAAAGACAUUUCCAUCAAAGUAUAUUCCAGUGGAGACGACUUGUAUGAUCUGCGAUGGUGAAAUUGCACUUGAUGAGCCUGCACUGAUUACUGCAAAAGCUAAAAUUGUAACCAUGGAAAGUGUCAUUGAUGACAUCUCCACUUACACCAGAAGAUGCCUAGGGUGUAAUAUGAUAUAUAGGUACCAGGAAUGGCAGGAUGGUCUCCACAAUUUUGAUGAUCAUGUGCUUCUGAGUCUCGAGCUUUGUCUAUAUCUAAGACACAGUUUACAGAACCACGUAUCAGUUUCCAGGGCUACAGACACUUUGGAGGGCCUCCGGGGAGUAAAAUACCCCAACAGAGACACCAUACUCCAUGGGUACUGUCAUUUCGAGGCCUUGACAGAUACUGACUACAUAUAUUCUUGUGUUAACUGCGGUUACCAUCCCCCUGUGGUUAUUAUGGAUUUGCACAAGAAGGGAGUUUUUAGCAUGUCAGUGAGUGACCUCAAAGAGCCUCCACCUGAGUUUAGAGGGGAAGUUGACAUUGAGGAUUUCUGGAAAUCAGUCAAUCUUGAGAUGAUUGGUCGAGGAUUUGUUCCCAGCCGGACCAAAAAUCCAUUUGCUGUGCAACCUAGUUAUUCAAGGUGGGCUCCAUGGAUAGGACACAAAACUAGGAUGGAUCACACUGUACUGAACACAGAAUUUGCAAAAGUUGCAACAGCAAAGGUCACGUCAGCUGAAGCGCAAAUGAUGAAUGUGUCAGAAGACCGUCUCGUGGAUGAGCUGAUGAAGCAGAAGGUUGGUGUUGUCAGAAAACUCUGCAAGGCCUGCAAUAUUGACUCUAAAUGUUCUCGCAUGGAUCUCAUUUCAAGAUUGCAAGCAGAGAUGCAGAACAGACAGUCCUAUGACAAAAUGUUCCAGAAAAUUUGGGGAGCGUCAGGUGGUUGGUCAGUCAUCCUAUGCCCACAUGGUGUGGUGUAUAGCAUAAAGUUUAAUUUGAGAGCAGAGAGUCCCAGAGAUUUUGCGGACCUGUUGUUGUCAUGGAAGCAUAUUCCUAAUGUUAGUAUAUAUGAUUUUGCACGAGGCUUGGCCAGUGUUGGGCACAUUACUUUAAAAAAGUAAUUAGUUAUAGUUACUAGUUCCUUCUCACAAAUAGUAACGGAG